AUGGCUAUCGCCGGCGAAAUUUUCCGGCACAACUUAACGGAAUUUCUCGACGAGUCCCCUCAGCUUCACGUUCUUGCCGUUGAUGAUAGCCUCGUUGAUCGCAAGGUCAUUGAACGGUUGCUCAAGAUUUCUUCCUGCAAAGUGACGGUUGUGGAGAGUGGAACGCGUGCUCUUCAGUAUUUGGGCUUGGACGGAGAGAACAGUUCUCUCGGGUUUGAUAGUGCGAAGGUUAAUCUCAUAAUGACGGAUUAUUCCAUGCCGGGAAUGACAGGAUAUGAAUUACUCAAGAAAAUCAAGGAGUCUUCUGUCUUUAAAGAGAUUCCAGUGGUGAUCAUGUCGUCGGAGAAUGUUUUGACUCGAAUUGAUAGGUGCCUAGAGGAAGGAGCAGAGGAGUUUCUGUUGAAACCUGUCAAAUUGUCAGAUGUAAGACGUUUAAAAGAUUUCAUCAUGAAAGGGAAAGUGAAGGAAGGGGAGAAAAGAUCUCUCAAACGAAUGCGGUCAAUUGAUGGCAGUCCCCCUCUAUCUGCAACAUGCUCACCCAUCUCUCUUCCAUGCGAUCCAUCACCAUCAUUACUCUCUCCAUUAUCCUCAAAGAAGGCUAGAUUGUGA